AUGUUCUUCAUCUCAGCAGAGUAUUUCCUCCUGACCAUCAUGUGCUACGACCGCUUCAUGUCCAUCUGCAAACCCCUGCACUACGGGACCCUCCUGGGCAGCAGAGCUUGUGCCCACAUGGCAGCAGCUGCCUGGGCCAGUGCCUUUCUCUAUUCACUGCUGCACACAGCCAAUACAUUUUCCCUGCCCCUGUGCCAUGGCAAUGUCCUGGGCCAGUUAUUCUGUGAAAUCCCCCAGAUCCUCAAGCUCUCCUGCUCCAAAUCCUCCCUCAGGGAACUUGGGUUUCUUGCUGUUAGUGUGUGUGUAGGACUUGGAUGUUUUGUGUUCAUUGUUUUCUCCUAUGUGCAGAUCUUCAGGGCUGUGCUGAGGAUCCCCUCUGAGCAGGGACAGCACAAAGCCUUUUCCACCUGCCUCCCUCACCUGGCUGUGGUCUCUCUGUUCCUCAGCACUGCAGCGUUUGGCAAUCUCAAGCCCCCCUCGAUGUCCUCCCCAUCCCUGGAUCUGGCCCUGUCAGUUCUGUACUCAGUGAUGCCUCUAGCCCUGAACCCCCUCAUCUACAGCCUGAGGAACCAGGAGCUCAAGGCUGCACUAUGGAGACUGAUGAGAGGAAGGUUUCAGGAACAUUAAACUGCUGACCAAUUUCUGCAAAUAACCUGUAAUAAAAGUAAUCUGUG